UAUGAUUCCGCUCAUUGAGUAAUGAAUGACGCAGAUAUGCUUUUUGGGAAUAAAAAAGGGUUCCUGGUCAUCACGCUUCCCAACAAAACCGAUGUUGUGGCCUCUAAAAACUGUUAGCGCAACUUUUCGACAAAUCGGAAGUGGCCACCCUGAGGAUCGUACGGUAAACAAGUCAAUUUCGUGUUAAAGAGCUGCCAACAAUAUCGGAAGCAAACAUCCUUCUUCCGAUGAAUGGACACCACUCUCAUCUCGUUCAGGACUUGGCUAAUAUUGGUGGUAUUGAUGUGGCAAGACAUUGAGAGCGUGAUCCUGCCCACGCCCACGGAUCCGUCCAUGGAUCCGCAUCAUAGACUCUUGUCCCAUCAUCAAAGCGUGGACCCUUUGCACAACCAAUACCAGCAUCACCAUCAACAAUACCGGGCCGAGUAUCAUCACUACUAUCAGCAACACCACCAGGCCCAGCACCAUCAGUUUGUUCAAGAGCAACAAUUGGACUUGAGCACCAAUGCCAAUGGCAAUGCCUUGUCCGAGACCCCGCCCUUGACCUCCUCCCAAACAACCGCCUCAUCCUCGCCCUCAUCCACCGAUGUCACGAACAUCAAGUGCGAACCUGAUUCUUCGACCUCCAGGUCCCAGACCUCUAACAUCCGAGGCCUUAGUAGCGAAGUCACCGUUCGGAUAAGUCCGGCAGCCAGCGGCGGUGGCACUGGUGGAAGUGCCGGCGGAGGGUCCAAUGGAAGUAGUUCGGGUAACCCGACUCAUGGUGACCAUCACAGCUUAUCCGUGUACCCGUCUAGUGUGGGCGGUGGAGGCUCACCCACGCCCAGUGGAUACCUCCAUCACAACGGUUACUCCCCCUUCUCCAGUGUGCCUCUGGAGAACAACAACUCCACAAAAGAUUGUUACUCAUCAGCAGCGGCCGCUGCAGCUACCUCAUCUCACCAGGCCCAAUAUGAGCAACAUCAGCGCUUGAUGGCGGCCUCCCAUCAGAACAGCUGGGUGCAACACCACGCUCAGCAUCAUCACCACGAGCAGUACCAACAUCAAUACAGUGGCGCCCUGACCAUCCUACCCACAACGGAAUCUCCCUUGACCGGAACGGGGGUGACGUCGGGUUCCCGGUUGUCGGGUUAUGGCUCGUCGGAAAGCUUGUAUCACCCUCACCAUCCCCAUUCCUCUGUCAGUGCUAUGAGCGAGAUGGGUCUCAAUCGGUACUCGCAACCUCCUCAGGCUCACCAACCUCUUCACCAUCAUCACAGCUUUAGCGUGAAUGUCAACGUCAUGGCCCAUGGAUCCCGCAUUCCGGGAGCGGGCAGCGUGGCCAACGGUCAGAUCCUGCCUCCUGUGUCUGGGUUCGGCCUCCCCGACCCGCCUCAGCCCAUGGUGCCCCUGAAGAAGCGGGGCCGCAGACGUUGGGGCCGAAAGAAGGUGACGGUCCACACUUGUAGCUAUGAAGGCUGUAAUAAGACGUACACCAAGUCCAGCCAUUUGAAGGCCCAUCUUCGAACUCACACGGGCGAGAAGCCUUAUCUCUGUACCUGGAAAGGCUGCGGAUGGAAAUUUGCCCGAUCCGAUGAGUUGACUCGUCAUUUUCGGAAGCAUACGGGUGAUCGGCCGUUCCAAUGUCGACUCUGCGAACGAGCCUUCUCUCGUUCCGACCAUUUGGCUCUGCACAUGAAGCGACAUAUCAGCGUUUAGUGUCCCACGUCCUGCUUGAUUCCGGACCAUCUCGAGUCAUGGGCAUUCUUUCCCCUCAAAACUGACUUGAAACCUUAUCAGUGAUUCGGACUCGCCAUUGGUGCUUCUUCACGUUUCAGGGAAAUUGCAAACAGAUGUGUUUUUGGUGCAUGUUAUUUCCAAAGCCCUCGUGGCCCCGGUCGUUCGUUGGUUCGUUCGUCGUCGUCGUUUUCGAAGCCGCCAUGUGACUCAUUUUGAACGAGAGAGGCAAAAAAGAGAAAACCAGCUCCUCAUCCAUCCAUUGAGUGGUAGUACAGUGCAGCAACCAUAAUCGAAGUUCCCCCAUGCCACCAUGGCCUACUAGCCAUCAGAAAAAUGUGGUAGUGACUUUCAGUGUGUGAGUGGUGGGGGGACUCCACCCUUCCUGAUUACUACACAUACACACACACACACACACACACACACACAUUUCGGAGUUCUUUCCAACGACGUCCGUAGUACCAAGACCAAGCACGAAGAAGACGAACAUCAACAGCAUACAUAGAACAUGCCGAAAAAUUCAUGCCAUACUCGAACCAAAUCUCCAUAGAAUCUCUCUGUUUCUGUUUCUUCUUUAUCUCUCCAUGUGCCCCAAAAUGCAAUGAGAAACAUCUUUUUCUUGCGCCCCUGCAACAACCAAGUAAGCAGGAAGACACAGAAAGCGAGCCAUUUCGACCC